AUGGCAACGCGGACCUCGCACCGCGAGUGGCACUCACGCGGGUGGCGCUCACGCCUGAGCCCACGCCGGUCCUCACAAGGUGGUUUGAUACCUUUGUCUCCACAAGAGGGACGUGACGCAGAGAGCGAGGAGAAACAAGAUACUCCUGCGCUGGACGUCGAAGGUGGCGCACCAGGUUCUCAGAUCUUGGCCCAAAGCAUGGCCUCGAUCAAGUCUGCACCGAUCACGAGUCGGCAGAUUACGCGGAGGUUCUCUGUGCAGAGCUACGAAGCUGCAAUCCAAAAAGCUGGACCUGUGGACGCUCUGAAGAGAACCACCACCUCCAACGCGAUGAAUCUUGAGAUCCAAAACAGACAACAUGUUGCUUCCGGAUGCUCACGAUUGCAGGAUUGGCGGAAGGCCACGGCCAAGAUGGUCUCCAAGCCAGCCUUUGACCUUUGUUUCCUCUUCCUCAUCAUCGCAAACUCCAUCUAUUUGGGGGUCCAGUUGGAGUGGGUGGCCAUUACUCGAGACUACAGUCGCGAGGAGCUUUGGACGGCGAUCAGUGCCAGCUUUGCGGGGAUUUUCACCGUGGAGAUCUUCGUUCGGCUCUUUGCCUUUGGCCCGCGCAGCUACUUCUGUGGCCGGGGAUGUCUUUGGAGUUGGAUAGAUGUGGUGGUUGUGACGUCGGCAUGGAUCGAAAUCGCGAUUCAGAUGGUCAAUCGAAACGACAGUGAGGGUUCGAGCAGCAACGUGCGCAUCGUGAGGCUGUUUCGGAUCGGGAAGCUGCUGCAGUCCGUGCGCUCCUUCCGGAUCCUGAAGUUCUUAGGGGCCCUGCGUAUCUUGGUGUUCUCCAUCAUGGAUGCUGCCCGAUCACUGUUCUGGGCAUUGGUCUUGUUGAUCAUCGCAUUCUACAUUUUUGGCCUGCUCUUCACGGAUGCUGUGCUGCUCCACUUGCAAUCGCUCCCGAACUGCUGUGAUGGCGAUGAUUGCCUUUGCAAGUACUUCGGAUCCGUGUCCAAGUCAAUGACAACGCUCUUCCGUUCCAUUCUGGGUGGUUUGGACUGGCAAGUACCAGCUGAUUUACUCGUAGAGGUGGGGGAGGGUUGGAUGCAGCUCUUUCAUGUCUUCAUCGGCAUGGCAAUGCUGGCUCUUUUGAAUGUUAUGAUUGCGGUUUUCUGCAACAGUACCAUCCGUGCAGCCGAUCUGAACCACGAGGUCAUGAUGGAGAAUCGGACCUCUUUGCGUGCCAAGGCCGCGAAGCUUUUCCGACGCAUGGAUGAAUCCGGCUUCGGAUGCCUCACGAUCACGGAGUUUGAGAAAGCCUUUGAUGAUGAGAACAUGAAGAUUUUCCUGGAGUCCAUCGACAUCAACGCGACAGAUGCAUGGACCCUCUUUGACAGCCUGAACUUGGAUGGAAAUGAGGUGCUGACCAUGGAAGAGUUCACAGAGGGCUGUCUACUGUUGAAGGGCCCGGCACGCUCCGUGGAUGUGUAUGCUUUGAAGCAACAGAGCAGGAAGUUGCGGAAGCAGAUGGAGGAUCUUCUGGCCCAGCAGCAGAUUCUUCGUGGAUUUCUCCAAGUCGACACGGUCGACGUCGACGCCUUCAACUCCGAGUCCGAGUCCACGCAACGUUGGCGCGUUGAGGGUGACUUCCUACAUUUUUACGUUGAGGAAGCGGAUCGCUUCGUCCCAUCUCCGCCCAAGAAUGCCAAAGGUAACUGCCCAAUCAUUCGACACCCACAUGGAGACCUGAAAAGGCAUGAAGAGCUGCUCCGAACACUGGAUGCCUGGUUUUUGACCUCGCCGAAGGUUUCGCCCGUGACCUCGCCACACAUCAACUCGGUCACUGUGAAGGCGGCGGGGCUUCCCAAUGAGAACUCCGAGGACACGCUGAACAGGUUGAAAGCCACAAGCAUCGCCACGAACGAGAAGCCUUUGGGCUUCUCCAGACUCAAUAGUUAUGAAGAGGCGGUCGUAAGAACCGAUGAUCUCAUAGCCACGUUGAGCAACAGCCCCACGUUCCCUUCAUUGACGGUCGAGUUGGGCGAGGGGCCUUGCGCCCAAUGCUGGCACCAAUUUCAGAGGCUGGCGUUCCAAUUUGUGAGCUCCUAUUGGGCCAACGUGUUCUUUGCUUUUGCAAUCUUGAGCAACUCGGUCUUUCUUGGCGUUCAGAUUGAAUGGCGCGUGGAGAAUCUGGGGAUAGUUACUACAAAUCCAUUCGUCGGCGUGCACCUUGCCUAUGCAGUGCUCUUCACCUGUGAAGCAGCCUUGCGGUAUUGCGCCGUGGGUCUUCGAGAAUACUUCUGCGGAAUCGCUUGGACUUGGAACUUGCUGGAUGUCUUCGUGGUUGUUUCUUCGUGGUUUGAGAUCAUUGCGGAUUUUACCAGUACCAACGAACAGAUGUCGACGAGCCUCUCCAACACGAACUUGCGCCUGGUGCGGAUCCUCCGCAUGGGACGUUUGCUCCGCGUCUUCCGGGUGAUCCGCGUGGUGCGGAUCUUUAAGGCGUUGCGGAAGCUGGUGGCCUCGUUGGUGGACACCACGAAGUCUCUGAUCUGGGCCAUGUUUCUGCUGGGUUUGAUCAUCUAUAUUUUUAGUAUUCUAUUCACUGACAUUGUGCUGGAUUUUCUGGAAGAAAAUUUGAACAACACCAGUGCGGAUGCGGACGUUCAGGAUAAUCUCCAAUGGUAUUUUGGCAACAUCUACACCUCCGGCGAGACCUUGUUCCGCUCCCUGCUUUGCGGUUUCUCCUGGAUCCACGCGGCAGAUGCGCUAUGGCCCGUGGGCACGUUUUGGGUCCAACUCUUUCACUUCUACAUGGCCUUUUGUACCUUAGCUGUCAUGAACGUCAUUACCGGGGUGUUCUGCAACAGCGCCAUCAAGGCGGCCGAACGGGAUCACGACAUGGUGGUCCAGGCCUUGCUCCAAAACCGACAGGAAUUCAAAACGUUGGUCUCGGAUUUGUUUCACCGCAUCGAUGAUCGACACCUCGGAAAGAUCACCUUGCGAGACUUGGAGCGGAGCUUGAACGACGAAGUGGUGAAGGCAUUCUUUGAAUCCUUGGAGAUUGGAGCCAUCGAUGCCUGGACACUCUUCAUAGGUUUGGAUAUGAAUGGAGACUACAUGAUCAGUGUGGAGGAGUUCAUGGAGAGAUGUUGUCAACUCCGGGGCCCUGCGCGCUCUGCCGACCUCUUUGGCCUCAAACAACAGCAAGCCACGCGGCAGAUGAAGCCGAGCGUCCACGGGGUAUAA